ACAAUAACAGAAAAGGCUAGUGCAUUUUACCUGAUGAACUGUCGAUAUUGUGAAGUUCUAAUCCCCGAAGUCCAACAGUCUCUUACCGAGCCAUGGCUGGUCUACCGCCGGGAGACCCGCAGCUGGUCUCCAUGAUCGUCAGUCAUCUGAAAACACAAGGACUGUUCGACCAGUUCAGGAGGGACUGCCUGGCUGAUGUGGACACCAAGCCAGCUUACCUGAACCUGAAACAACGGGUGGACAACUUUGUUUCCAAUCACCUCUCUAAUCACACAUGGAGUCCUCAUCUGAACAAAAACCAGCUCAGGAACAACAUCAGACAGCUUGUCCUGCAAUCUGGGAUGCUGGAGCAGGGAGUGGACAGGAUAGUGGCCCAGGUGGUUGACCCCAAAAUCAACCAUAUCUUCAGGCCGCAGGUUGAGCGGGUGGUUCGUGAAUUUCUCUCACCGGGCAGCUGCUCCGAAGAUCCACUGCCCCCUUUGCCUCCGGCAGAGACAAAACCAGAUAUGAGCAUUCCUGAACAAGAUUCAUCGACGACUCCAGCUGCCGCGUCUGCCAGUGAUGCUAUGUCCAUCUUGGACACCAUCUCUUCUCUCAACCAGGAGGCUUCUGUGAGGUCCAGCUCCACAACUGAAAAAGGCCGUAAAAUGCAGAGUCUGGAUGACCCCAUGCAGGUGGUGGAUGAGAACGAGUGUGACAUGAAUGUUGCAGAGGAAAGUGACAGUAACCACGAGGGAAAGCCACUGGAGGAGGCAGAUGGAGCGCUAGAACACCAGAUAUCCGAAGAAAAGACGGAGGACAAGCACGAGCAGAUGGAAGUGGAAAAAGAGGGGCUAAUAGAGGAGAUUAAGAUGGAAGUGGAUGAAUCAGGAAGUCAGGAGCAGAAAGAAGAGGAGAAGGACAAACCUACAGGCAAGGUUGGAGGCAAACCCUUGGAGGAGAAACCAGAAGAAGAGACGGUUAAAUCUACAAACCAGGCCAAGCAGAAAGCCAGAGAGAGGAUAAAAGAGGAAUAUUCUUUGGAGGACUCGGAUCUCGAAGGCCUGAGUGACAUCACAGUGAGCUCUGUCCACACCAGCGAUCUCUCGUCUUUCGAGGAGGAAAGUGACGACGAGGAACCACUUGAUUCUUCGGAAGAGGGCGAGCUUCUAUCAGAUGACGAAGGUGAGGGAGCGGAGAAGAAGCACGCCAGUGGAGACACAGGAGAUGAGGGGAAAGAAUGUAAACCUCGGCGCAAGGCUUAUGUUCACAAGCCCUUCCUCUACUCCCGUUACUAUAGCGACUCUGACGAUGAGGUCACGGUGGAGGAGCGUCGCAGAUCUGUGGCAAAAGACAAAGAGGAAAGGCUGCUCAAGAGACAGCAGAACAGAGAGCGGUUGGAAGAGAAACUUAAACAAAAAGCAGCACAGGAUGAAGAGCAAGAUCCCAAAAAGCAAAAGAUAUCAGACUCUGCUGGGCUGGAGAACCCCAAAGCAAAAGAGGCACGCAAAGAAAGGAAAGUCCUGGAGAAGAAAAUGGCUCUCAGCAGGAAGAGGAAGCUGAACUUUAGAAAGGAAAGCGAUGUUUCAAGCAAGAAGAAAGGAGAUACAGGAGAUUUAUACAAGAAGACAGAAGCAAAAAUCUCAAAGACCCUUCAACCCAAACUCGCGAGGAAUUUGUCAGAAUCUGCAUCAUCUGACGAGAGGCACAGAAGGACAAGUGGAAGCAUAUCAGAAGAUUCCUGUGACACAAAGAAGCUUCCAGACAAAAGCCGCACGCACUCCUUCAUCCUGGAGCUGGAGCAGGGCUCCCAAGAGGCUCUCAAACAACGCUCAGUUGGGAAAUUUGACCGCUUGUCUCGUAAAGAACCUCAUUCUAAAGAGCGCAGGGACAAGGACCGCAGCCUGUCUGAUGAUCGCACCAAGCUCAAACUGAAGCAGGAGAAGAAAUCCGAACAUCAGGCCGAUGAAUCUCAGCACAAAGAAAGCGCAGCUGUGAAAGUGUCGUCUGAAGAAAAAGGCGAGAAGAAGCCUAAGAUCAAAAGUGAGAAAAAAAUGGCUGGAAAUACAAGAGAGGGAAAGGUAACAGAAGGGGCGGCUGAAGAGGGAGGCUUGAAAGAUGUCAAGAAGGUGAAGGGAGGGUCUGUGGAAAGUGUCAAAGCUGAGAAGGACAAACCUAAGGAUAAAGAUAAAAUUAAAGAAAAGGAAAAGUCCAAAGGAGAGAAAAUAUCAGUUAAAAGUGAUAUGAAGCAGCUGCUUCGCCCAGAUUCUGCAGGUUCCUCUGAGGAUCGAUCUGACAUGGAGCCUGGGUCAGACAGCACAAAGAAGAGAGAUAAACACUCCAAGGAAGUGCUGAAAAGGUCAAAGAGUCACCCUGAGGACAGACCCGUGGACAAACCCAAAUCUAAAACAGACAGUGAGAAGGAAAAGACUAAAAUUGACCCAAAUAGCCAGAAGUUACACAAGUCAACCCCUGACAUGGACAAAGAACACAAAAAGGUUAAGCUGACAGAAAAGGGAAAAAUACCAGAAAAGUCAAAAGUGAGACCCAAAGAGGAGGCGAAGAGCGUACUGAAGACCGAUAAGAAGGUUCAGAGUCUAGAUGUCAAAAGUGCAGGAGCUGCGUGCCUCAGCAAACCUGAAGUAACAAAAGAGAAGAGAAGGGAUGCAAAAGAACAGCGGAGGGUUUCCGAGGAAGCUGCACAUGAGAAAUCUGAGCUCAAAAGCACAAAGAAAAAGCUGGAGAAGAAAGAUAAAGUUCAGGAAAAGAAGGACGACGUUCAAGAAGACAAGACGGCUCCAAGAGUAGAAACGUCUGAAAAAUCUGAUAAAUCCUCAAAGUCUUCAGUUUCUUCUCCGAGUCUCGAGACAGAAGAACCACCAAAGAAACAACUUCUUCUCCAAGACACGAGCACGGACUCCGAUCCCGUCACCGCCGCCGUCACCGCCCCGUUGUCAGAUGACACCUGUGACGCUUUAAGUGACAUCACCCCCGAGCCACCCGAGGGUGAGACGGAGUCUCGGCUCAGCGAGAUGCCGGCGGUGCCAGCUGAGGCCGACGCCCUGCUGACACUCAUGGACGUCUGCACCUCGGCGGAGGCCAGGCUUCCGCCCGAGAGCUUCCGAGAAGAAGUGACGCCCGAGAUUGAACUUUGUGAUGCCGAUUUGAAGAUGAAAGAGGCAGCUCUGACUCUGCUCUCCAUGGAUCCUGACUGCACCAUUUCUUCAAGUUUAAUCUGCCAGAGCACGAGGGAAGAAGCGCCGGCGCCAUCGGUUGUGCCGCCUGAGCCACAACCGAUGGAAACGACCACAGCGGAGGAGGAGAAGCAGAUGGAAGCAGCUCCUGACAUGGAGCUCCCUGCCACCGAGAGGUCAACAACUGUGCCUCAACAAACUACUGAGAGUGUCGAGGAAAACAAAGUCACUGCAGAUGAGUGUGAAAACCUAGAGAAAAAAAUAGAUACAACAGGGAUUGAAACAUCAGAGAUGGUCGCUCCACAGGAGGAUGAAGCUACUUUAAAAGAACAAGAAACGACGAGUGAUGGAAUACCCGUUGAAGUACUGCCAGAUGAGAAAACGGCAACAUCAGCUGAUGGAGAAGGAACUGAUGCUGUCAUGUUGGAAACAGAAGAGCUCUCAGGAAGAACAGAAGAUACAGUGGCUGUUGUUCCUGACGACACUGAACAUGUUUUAGAAACUCCCGCUGAGCCAGACGAGCCAACGGAACCAGAUGUUUCUGUCCCAAAGACAAGCGUCGGGGAAACGGAGGCUGAAGGUGAAGCGAAGCAGACAAAGAUGGAUCCAGAUAACGGUGGAGGAGAAAGUAAGACAGUCGAAGAAGAAAAUGCUGCAGUAGAGGAAGAUGGUCCUCAAUCAAUGGAAGUUGAUGUUUCUUACAAAAGCAAAGAGGUUGAAGGAGCUGAACCCGAGUCCACACUCGUCAAAGAAUUCAGUAACGUCUCCAACAUAAGCAACGGGGAAGAUGAGAAGAGCCCAGACCAGUCAGAAAAGGAGGAGGAAAGGGAAGGUAGUGGAAGAUGUGAGCAAAAGCUGUCCACUCAGGAAGAUGCAUCACCAAAAGAAUCUGGUGACAUAAGAGAUGAAAAAGGAAGUGAAGAGCUGCAGUCUGGUGAGGUAAUUGGGCAAGAGAACAUCGAGGAAGGACGAUUAGCCACGGACGAAGCGGCGACGGGCCAAUCAGAAGAGAGCCGCAGGGGAACGUGUUCAGCAGCUGCAGAAGAAGAGGCCACAGCUGAUCUUCAGAAGAAAGAUGAAAGUGAAGCUGAGGACAUCUCUGAUGAAAGCUCAUCAUUGAAAGCAGAAGAGAAAGAAACAGCUGAAAGUGAGCCAGAGACAAGUGUUCAAGGACAAAGUGAGGUCAGUUUGCCGCCUCCUGUUCCUGAGGAGGGAGGAGGUGGACAAAACUCUGACUCCCAAAAGACAGGUGAACCAGCAGAGGAGAAAAUGACAUCCGAGGAAAUGGAGAAAUCCGGACUGGAAAUCCAGUCUCCAGAGGACUUGCAGGACAACAGUGGACAGGAAAAAAGUGAAGAACACCCUGACAAAGAAAGUGGCUCAUCUCCUUCUGGGAACCAAUCAGAUGACGUAGAACAGCAGAGCUGCAGUCAGAAGAAGACAGAGGAAGAUGAGGGAGAGCAACCACUAGAGGACCAGGAGACGACUAUAAAGAAACGGAGGGGCCGGCCGCCAAAGUCUGCAGCUACCAGUGAUCCUGAUAAAAAGGACAAGAAAGUAGAGGAGAAAGAGGGUCAGCAGAAUGAUGAGGAGGAAGAUGACAAAGAGGCAACCAGGACCACGACCCGGUCAGCGUCUCGCCUGGAGGCUGAGAGAAACAAACCAAGUAAGCCGUCCACCCGAGCCAGUCGACAGGGCGGGAAAGACGAAGCCGCCGCUGGAACACGUGGGACGAGGGGCCAGGUAGCAGCAAAGGGGGGGCGUAAACGAGAGGCCAGCCCUCCUGCUGUGCGAACGCGGGGAGGACAGAAACCAGAGGAGCCCCCUUCCAAGAGGGCCAAACGUUAAGUCCUCUAACAGCGCUGGAACAGUUUGCCCGUGCAGUGUUAUUUUUGCACUCCACACUCAAAGACCUCCUCAGUCAUUUAUUAUGUAUAGUUGAGUUUUUGUGCUUCAUUGACUGCUGAUAUUUUAAAGUUCUGGAUAACAUUAGACCCUCUUCUCUGAUGGUUGCGUUUAGACCAGAGGAUAUAGCGAAGAAUCCUCGAAUAUACUUUGCUCCUCUCUGCCCAUGUGGUUUGCAUCAGACGCCAUCAUUCCGUGGUUUAUUCGGUAAUGCCAAGUGAUCCCGAGCAUUUCAGGCCAAUCAUAGGCCUAAUGUGCAGCGGAGCUGCGCUAUGAGAUAAAGAGGAUGAAUUGAACUGUCAGAACUGUCAGUCAGUGGAGGUCACGUUGUGUCUCAGAUUUCUGUGUCAGUCGUCAAAGGUGUCCAACCUUCAUGGUGAAUUUUAUUCAUUCCGUGAAUGAAAGCGAGUUUUUCUCACAUUUCUGCUUUAACACUCAUCAUCCACAAAGGAAGAUCAUUUUUUUAAUGCCUCUGCUGAAAUAACAACAGUAUUAGUUAAGAACAUUGACUUCUUGACUGAAUAUUAACAUUUUCUCUAUAAACAGAAUUCAUAUUGAUGCGUUUGUGACAAAGUACCGUUUCUUUCUGGCUGAAGGGAGGAGAUCUGCUCGUUUUUAAUGUCCUAGAGUUCUGUCGGUAAAUAGACAUUUGUUUCAUAGCUGAAAUGACCAAUGGAUAAAUGUAGGUUUUUAGUUGUCUGUUAUAUAUUUUUCCAUUGCUUUCUUUUUUGUAAAUUAAGUGUUUUAAUGUGUGUGUUUUUUUUAAAUAUACUGAACG